AUGGCGGUUCCAACUCCACCCUCAUCGGAUACACGAGACAAGUCUGUGAUAUUGUUCAACCGAGCAGCUCACUUGCAUGCUGAAGACCCGGAAAUCAGAAUCCAUUAUGUCGAAGCAUUGCCGGGAGACAAGAAGGUGAAGAAAGGCACUAUACUUCUAAUUCACGGUUUCCCAGAGACGUCUUACCAAUUCCGGCACGCAAUGGUCCCUCUUGCCGAAGCAGGCUAUCAUGUCAUUGCCCCGGACAAGACUGGCCACGGUUUCAGCAGCAAACCGAUUGGUAAUGUCCAUCAACAAGACCCCUUCACCAAAAAAUCACUCGCCCACGAUCUUCACCAGCUCUUGACUGAGCACAUUGGAAUCACAAACCCGGUCCACGUUGUGGGCCAUGAUAUCGGUGGCAUGGUUGCGCAUGCGUUUGCGUGCCAGUUUCCCGAUAGUGUGGCUAGUGUCACCUGGGGUGAAUGUCCGCUUCCUGGGUCGGUGUUUUAUGAGGAGGAGAAACACUCAAGUCGGUGGUGGCAUUUCGACUUCCAGAGCCAUAUGCCAGAUAUCGCAGUUGCCUUGGUGCAGGGAAAGGAAAGGAUGUACCUGAAGCAUUUCUACGACAGAUUGACGCAAAACCAAGCGGCCUUCACUCCAGAAGUGGUGGACUAUUAUGCCCAGCAAUUCGGUGCCCCUGACGCACUACGUUGCGCCUUUCUCACAUACCGUGCUUUCGAGAUGGAUGCCGAGCAUAACAGGGAAUGGCGUGAGGAGCUUGGGAAAAUAAAUUUGAAGAAUAUGGUGUUGUCAGGUAGUGAAACCAUGCAUGCACCAGCAGCUGAGGCUAUGGCAAACGAGUUCUAUGACAACGUCCACGUUGGUAUAGUCCGUGACUCUUGCCAUUAUCUUGCGGAAGAAAACCCUCAAGGCUUCGUGUCUGAGCUUUUGACAUUUAUUGAAUAA